AUGGGAUGGGUGGUAUUGGAAAGACUACUCUUGCAAAAGUCGUCUAUCAUCGUCUCUCAGCGUGCUUUGAAGGCUGUUGCUUUCUUCCAGAUAUCCGGCAGACACAAACGAAUGAAGAACUGCUGUCAGAAUUUGCAGACAAAAUUGAUCUCUGGCAUAUUAAAGAGAGAGUGUGACGAGAUUACUUCUGCCGAUGAAGGAAUUAGCUAUAUGAGAGAAGUAUUUUGCAAUAUGAAAGUGCUGAUUGUUCUUGAUGACGUUGACAGAAUGUUUAAUCUCACAGAACUCAUAGGAGAGCUCGAUACAUUUGGUCCCGGAAGCAGGAUAAUCGUCACCUCGAGAUAUGAAAAAGAUCUUCCAAGAGUUGAUCAGACUUUCGAAGUUCCAGAGCUGUGUCGAUGGGAAGUUCAACUGCAUUUCUCCAGUUAUACAGAUGCAAAUUGUCCUCCUUUCAAUAAACUUGCCGCUGAAAUUGUAUCUGUUGUAGGAGGACUCCCUCUUGUUGUUGAAGUUAUUGGAUCUUUUUUAUUUGGUAAAGGAGUUGCUGUAUGGACAGAGACACUUCAAAAGUUAAAGCUUAUACCUUAUGAGGGAGUGCAAAAAAAGCUGAUGAUAAGUUAUGAAGCCUCGGAUGCCCCGCAAAAACAGAUGUUUCUUGAUAUAGCAUGUUCAGUCAAUGGAGAGGAUCUGCAGAUUGCAUCGUACACGUGGCAUGAGUUCAGCACAUCUCAUUUAUCUGGAGGAAGUAAAUACCAGCAUUUAUCGUCCCUUAUGAAAAUCGGAGAUGACAAUGAGUUGUGGAUGCAUGUCAAUGUGGCGACGCAGAUUUCCAGAUGGAAAUUAAACCUCAGACAACAUGGAGAGACUGCAGCAUGUUUGAGGGCGUCAAGGUAA